AUGUCGGAGUAUAAAGAAUUUUUAGAAAAUCCCACAAUAGAAGAGUUGCAAAAAUUCAAAAAGGCCGAUUUAAUCGCAAUAUGUAAAAUAUUAGAGGCAGAUGUCCAAACGUCUAUGUCUAAGAGCCAGUUGAAAGAAAUAAUCAUAAACAUCAGUGACAUUGAUUUACCGUUAAGCUCAAGCUCUGAUAAAGACGCAAAGAAAGCUAAGCCUGACAUAGAAUCGGAAAUAAUGCUUAAAGAAUUAGACAUCGAGUUGAAGAAAUUAGAUAUUGCAAAAAUAGAAAAGGAAAAUGAGACGCUUGAGUUAAAAGUUAGGUUGAGAAAGAUAGAACUAGAGGCUAGGGAUAAUCAUAGUAGUAGUUUCACAAAUUGUUCACAACAAUUGAGGUUUGUCCCACCCUUCAACGAAAGAGAAGUAGACAAGUUUUUUAUGCAUUUUGAAAAGGUUGCAAAAAACUUAGAAUGGCCGAUAGAUAAGUGGUGUAUUAUGCUCCAAAGUGUGCUCACGGGGAAGGCUCAGGAAACAUAUGCCGCGAUUUCGUUAGAGGAUAGCGGAAAUUACGAGAAAGUUAAGCACUCCAUUCUCAAAGCCUAUGAAUUAGUACCAGAGGCGUAUAGGCAGCAAUUUAGAGAGUUAUACAAAAGGGACGACCAAACGUUUAUUGAGUUUGCGCGUGAGAAAGAAAUGUUAUUCGAUCGGUGGUGUAGGUCGAGAGAUGUUGGAUCAAAUUUUGAGAAAUUAAAGCAAAUGAUCUUAGUAGAGGAGUUUAAGGAAUGUGUCUCAGAUUCAUUGAAAGUUCAUAUAGAAGAAUCUCAUGUAGAUAGUUUGGAAGGUAUAGCUACUAUAGCCGACAACUAUGCGUUAACGCAUAAAAAUUUUUCAAAGAGUAAAAAGGCUAUGGAAAAGGUUUCUCCCAGUCAAACAUUGUCACACCUGAAUGAGUUUCCCCGAAAUUUCCCUCGUACUGAAAGAAGGGAGGACGCUGGGUCAAAAGCAUUUUUGGGACCAUUUUGUAAUUUUUGUAAGAAAAGAGGGCAUGUUUUGAGUGAAUGUUGGACUUUGCAAAGGAAGAAAGAAAACGAAACAUUGAAAUCAAAUGCAUUGGUAUCGUUCCCUGUGACAGAUUUUAGAGAUGCUACUCAGAAGGAUGAGGAUAGGUUUUUGCCUUUCAUCUCUGAUGGGUACGUGUCUCUCGAGAACAAUCCGAGUGAUAUGAAACCAAUUAAAAUAUUAAGGGAUACGGGGGCUAGCCAAUCCUUGUUGUUAGAGGGAGUUUUGCCUUUAGAUGAAAAUUCGGACACGGGUGAGCAGGUUCUUGCGCAGGGUAUAGAAUGCGGUUUCUUGAACGUCCCUUUACAUCAGAUUCAUUUGAAAUCAGAUUUAGUCUCAGGUCCUGUGAUAGUUGGUGUGCGUCCAUCUUUACCAAUCAAAGGGGUGACAUUGUUGCUUGGAAAUGAUUUAGCAGGAGGAAAAGUGAUUGCAGAUCCUAUAGUUUGUAAAGAUCCCCAUGCUCACCUUGAAAAUGAGGUUGAAAGUGAACGGUCUUGCUCCGUAAAUGUGCUUACCCGUGCUAUGUCAAAAACUGAUGAGAAAAAGAAUGAAAUGGAAGGUAUAAUUGAUGAAUGUGUUGAUGAUGAUGGAGAAAAUGAACUGGAUGUUGAGAGUAGUGAGUUACAACACCCAGAGAAUGACUUAGUUACCGAACAAAGAAAGGAUGCUGAUUUAGCUAAACUUUUCAAAUUAGUGUUGUCUGAGGUCGAGAUAAAAAAGUCCCUCGUGGAUAUUUUAUACGAGACGGAGUAUUGA